GUGAAGUGAGACUGAAAUGUGAUGAGGCAGUCGACGAGUCAUAUCUGUUCACUUCUUUUACUUAUAUUCGUAUAUUUUGGUGACGCUUACAAAAAUUACGAAUCCAGUAGGAAUCGACAAGCAGUUGGGUACCAAAUUGAAAAUGUUAUGAAACUUCGAUGUCAUCAAUGUAAUCAACCACGAGACUGUUCAACAGGAGUUUGCUAUGGUGAUAUUUGUGUCAAAUCACUUGUUAAUAAUCAUUAUGUGAGCAAAGGAUGUGAGAAUCUCACGAUCUCAAGCAGUGUAUAUGAACCACAUCUUAAAAUGAGAACUUAUUGUAAAGAAGAAGAGGUAUUAGGAGUGGAUACAAUCAACUGCUAUUGCCGUGAUGCAGAUUUCUGUAAUUCGGUACCUACUCAUCAUUUUACAUUAUUUUCAUGCAUUGCUCUUAUAUUACUUUUACGGUUAUAAUCCUUGUUCGCCAACUCAAAUGCUCUUCCAUUCUCAUUCGUCUUUCAUGUUAUUCAAUAUUUAGACUAACAGAUAAAUAAUUGAUAUUUG